UGUUAAUGGACCUUCAAGCAGCGUUGGGAUUCCAAGAAACGCUUUCCCUUGACAACUACAAGUACCAAGCACGACCAUUAAGCGUCCGUUUACAGUGCACAGUUCGAUUUGUUUUGGUUUAUGCAGACGGCGCUUUGUCACAGGGAGCAAAGGUACACCGUGGUACUUUAACUUGGCCGUUACACAUCUUUGACUCAUUGCCGAAACCUGGAACGGCCCCUCCUCCGAGGCCACCCCCUUUCAGAACUCACGGCCGCCGCCUGCCUCUUACCUCCGUUAUUUUACCUCAGAAGCUGGCCUGCUAGUUAGCAAACAAGCUAACGGUUGCAGAUUUCACCCAUGUCCUCUGAAGAAGGGUUGAGCUCAACGAUCACGGAUUGGCUUUUCAUCAACUCCUGGUGGCUCCUUCUGCCAUUCAUCAUGCUUCUUGUAGUUGCUGCCUUCAUUGUUGCCUUUGUGUUGCUGUUAUACAUGAUAUCGCCUCUUAUUAGUCCCAAACCUCUGAAACUGAACGGGUCCCACGUCGUGGUGACAGGAGGCUCAAGUGGGAUUGGGAAAUGCAUUGCGAUUGAGUGCUACAGGCAAGGAGCAUUCAUCACUUUGGUGGCACGGGAUGAGGCUAAAUUGCUUCAAGCAAAGAAAGAAGUGGAGAAAUUUGCCAUCAAUGACAAGCAGGUGGUGCUCUGCAUAUCAGUGGAUGUUUCCAGUGAUUAUAGCCAGGUGGAAAGUGUGAUAAAACAGGCUCAAGAGAAGCUGGGACCCGUUGAUAUGUUAGUGAACUGUGCUGGAUCAUCCAUUUCUGGAAAGUUUGAAGAUGUGGAAGUAGACCGUUUCAAAAAACUGAUGGAAGUGAACUACCUGGGCAGUGUCUACCCAACACGGGCAGUCAUAACCACUAUGAAGGAGCGAAGAAUGGGCCGCAUCAUGUUUGUCUCCUCCCAAGCAGGGCAGAUCGGCCUGUUUGGAUACACUGCCUACUCCCCAUCCAAGUUUGCCCUGCGUGGCUUAGCGGAAUCGCUGCAGAUGGAGAUAAAGCCAUACAAUAUCUAUGUGACUGUGGCCUACCCCCCUGACACUGACACUCCAGGAUUGGCUGAGGAAAAUAAGACAAAGCCUCUAGAGACCAAAUUGAUCUCUGAAACCUCUGGAGUUUGCCAACCAGACCAAGUGGCCAAAAUCAUUGUUCGGGAUGCAGUGCAGGGGAACUUCAACAGCUCUGUGGGACCCGAUGGUUACAUGCUAUCAGCCCUCACCUGUGGAAUGUCACCUGUCACCUCCAUCACAGAAGGUCUCCAGCAGAUUGUUACCAUGGGAUUGUUUCGGACCAUUGCCCUCUUCUACCUGGGCAGUUUUGACAGCAUUGUGCGCCGCUGCAUGAUUCAGAGGGAGCAGUCAAAAGCAGCUGACAAGAGGGAGUAACAGCAGCCUUACCUUCUUCACAGCCCAAUGCCCCUCCUCCUCCUCCACACCCCCCAUCCCAGCCCCUCCUCCAGCUGUAAUAGUGCACAACCCUAGGUGGGGAAAAGGCUGAGCUCUGAGUGCAUUUCUGAUAUCAGCUUAACAGAUGGGAUGAAAGAAAGUGGCAGAUGUUUACUGUUUGCUUGUCCAGUGACGUAAAUCCUCUGUAGACUUCACAGUCAUUUAGAUUUUUCCUCUCAGAGAAUACCAGUGACUUUUCAGUUUAAUGUGUCCACCUGCACCUCUUUUUGUGGGAGCAGCCUUACUUUAAGAGAAUGAGGGCAGACUAAACAUCCCACAGCCUGGUUUUAAAAUAUGUAGGCUUUUUAAACCACUGACAUUACAGUUAUCAGGCCUCCCUGCCUACACUCGCACAAUGCUGUUUUUUUUGUUGUUGUUUUUUUUCUCACAGAGGAAAGCAACAGAUAGCCUGUCUGACCGGUUGUGCCAAAUAUGGCUUGAAGUUCCUUCCCACCAGGGGCUAUAGUGAAAACCGGAAUGGUAACUCUCAGCUUUUUUAAAUAUUGUUUCAUGUAUCUCAAAACUAGGUCCACCUUGUAAGAAUUUUACAGUUUGCACUAAAUAAGGCCCUUCCUCUCUACCUUUUUCGUACCACAAGUCUUUGCAGGCAAAGCACCUUCCUGUUUGACUGAAUAACCUCUGUGUUUGAAACCAGCUGUGACCCUCAGUGUUUUGUUUAUGCUGUGGGAUGUUUUGUUGUUGUGCUCUGUGUGUGAACCAAGCCAAGAUGUGAUACAACAGUACUCUUCAGUGAUAUCAGAGAGCGGGCGAGAGAGAAAGCACAUGUGAUUUUUUUGAUUCUUUGUUAAAUUUUACUAAUGCAUAAACAUCAUUUCCAGAAAAUAAUAAUAUUCAAAAAUUUUAGAUGCUUUGUUUGGGCAAAGAUUUUUGGGUGAACUGUGUGCAUGAAUGUAUGUGUCUGUGUUUGCUGUGACUGAGAAACCCCUGGCCUGGGGAGGGAAAAGCCAUUAGAUUUUAUUGUCUCGGGAAUAAACACACCAAAUUAUUUUCUUAUCAUCCCAUCUUUUUUCUUUGAGAAAGGAAAGCAGGUACUAUGGGUCAAAGCCAUGAAGUCAAAAUAUUAGGGGGGGGGGAGAAAAACCAGCAUAGGUAAUUUCCCUUUUCACCUGUGAAUUUGACAAGUUCAAAACACCAAUACACUUUUUUCUUUUUCAUUAUAUGUGUGAAAGGAAGCAUAUCAUUUUUACAUGCAGUUCUAUGUGUCAGUGCGCACAUUCAGCCACCCCAAUCAAGGUCCAAGUGGGAUCCAUAAUCUGUUGGGGUUGGUGCAAGUCAGGGCAGGGCAAGACUUGCUGGUUCGAGUCAUGUCCCUGUAGGUCUAGUGAGGGCGCUAGAGAUUUGUUUUACAUAAAGGCCAAAAUAGUAGAGGGACUAGCAUGGAAGUGUGAUCCCUGUCCCUCUGAUUUUGACCUGCUGUCACUCUGUCAUGCACAGUUGGGACUUUUUAGCUCCCUAAAUGACUAUCGAUUCCCUCCUGAUUUCUGUCAAGCCUUGAAAAAUCUUUUAUUUACCAUAUGUUUUGCAUAUAGAGGGAGAGAAAGUACAGUGUUGACUCUUCAAGUCUUCCUUUGGUCCAUCACAAACGGGGAGAAUGUACUUUAAUACAAAGCAUACAAAUCAGAACUUAGGAAUAUUAUUUUUUAAAUACACCAAUAUUUGAAUGCCAAAAUGUGUUAAGACAAUUUCUGUAGAUGCAAUGCAUUUAUUUGAGAUUAAUUUCGAUGUUGCUGCUCUGUUGAUCUUAGAGUUAGUUUGGUGAAGCUGUGGCACAGUGUGGGGACCCAUUCGAAGCCUUAAGACUACUGAUGAAGCUAAUGCUGUAAGAAUGGACCUGUCCACAGAACAAUGUGGCUUAACCCACAUGUUGUUUACCAGUUCAAUUAAUACUUAAUCUUUAAUACUUUUCAGUGUAAAAUGCCAGCUGUUUUUGUGUAUUUUGUCAUUUUCCAGUCUUUGUAUGACAAAAAGAAGCCUUACUGAAAUCCAAGAUAUGAAAGUGAGAAUGGAUGACUCAUGUUUGAUGAUGUUCUCAUUCGAUAUUGGUUAAAGGCAUACUGUUCUGCACUCAAGAGCUUUUCAUAACUGUACAUUUAUUGCCAUUAAAAGUCUCUUUUACCUUGAGGUAGCAACACAUAGUUGAUAAAAUAUGUAGCCCAUGUAAAAGCAGUUUUGUUCUAACAUUUUGUUUUAAUCUUUUAAGCUAUGCAAAUGAAGCCUAUGCUUACAGUAUGUUUGAACAUACAGUCAAGAUUUAAGUUUUGUAACAGUCACGCUAGUUUUCCCUAUUCAAUGGUGUCAUCAUCAGAUACGUAGUGUUUUUAAGUAUUGAACAUGAAAGUCAUAAUGCACUCUUGUUUCAUUCUUUUUUCUUGCUUUUUUACUUUUUUUCUGCCAAAAAACUUAACACCUUCACCUUGUGUGCCAUUGGAAGAAAAUGUGAGAAGUGGAACAUUUCUUUGUCUUAUUUUCUUACAUGAUAAACUAAAUAAAUACCUGUGAGGAAAAACAA